UCCGGAAUCUGGAGAUUCAACUUCUAACUUUAACCUCCAAGAAUUUGCUCCACCACUCACCAGGUGGCCUAUCUUCCCUUGUCGCGCCCAAGUCGUUGGAAGUCCCACGAGGAUGGCUCAGCCUGAAUUCCAUGAAGGCCAGAGCCUCUCAGUGAUUCAACAGCAGAGAGUUAUAAUACAGAACAAAUAUGGUGAAAAACUUGUUGGAGUGUUACAUGAAACAGGUUCCACGGAGCUUGUAAUUUUGUGCCAUGGACUUCGAUCCUCAAAGGAAUGCAAAAUUUUCAAGAAUCUUGCUGCUGCUUUAGAGAAAGAAGGAAUCAGUGUCUUCCGCUUUGACUUUCCAGGGAAUGGGGAAAGUGAAGGUUCAUUUGAGUUUGGUAACUAUCGCAGAGAGGCUGAGGACUUGCAUGCUGUAGUCCUACAUUUUUCUGGGGCUAAACGUGUAAUCAGUGCAGUACUCGGCCAUAGUAAAGGAGGAAAUGUUGUACUCCUAUAUGCUUCUAGCUACACUGAUGUCCGUACGGUUGUCAAUGCUUCUGGGCGGUUUAAUCUGGAGAGAGGUAUUGAGAGUAACCUGGGUAAAGAUUUCAUGCAAAGAAUCAAGAAAGAUGGAUUCAUCGAUGUUAAGGAUAAUACAGGCAAAUUUAAUUAUUUGGCAGGGGAGUACCGAGUGACAGAAAAAAGUCUGAUGGAUCGCCUGAACAUUGAUAUGCAUGCGGCAUGCCUUUCAAUUCAAAAAGACUGCAGGGUCUUGACUGUUCAUGGUUCUAAGGACGAAGUUAUUCCUGUUGAAGAUGCUCUGGAGUUUGCCAAGGUUAUACCAAACCACAAACUGCAGAUUGUAGAAGGAGCUGAUCAUGGAUAUAAUGCACAUCAAGCUGACUUAACUUCAAUUGUGUUGGAGUUCAUAAUGGCUGGGAUCCAGCAAGAGAAGGAUAUGUCUAAAAUCUAAAUAGGUAUCAUCAUUCCCAAGAGCAGAUAAUGUUAUCUAUUCAUGGUUUUGAUGUGGCUUCAAUGUUAUUAGAAUUAUCAAACCAGGUAGCAUUUUAAGCAAAGUG